UUUCUUUUCAAUAAACUACCUGAACAGAAACCUGAAACAAAUUUAAAAGCUUUCAAUUUUUUAGGGUCCUCUGAAUCAAAGAAGUUUCUUUUUCUUUCAUUUUUUUGUAUAUGGAAAACCCAAGAACAAGAAGCGGCAGCCGCUUGAGCUUAUCUUCUAGCCUAGAUGCUUUGACUACUACAAUAAGCAGCUCAAUUCAAGCUUUGGGCCGUGGCUUUGAUGUCACUUCAGAUAUAAGGCUGUUAUAUUGCAAAGGGGCACCUGGUUCAAGGUUAGUUAAGCUUGAUGAAGAUCAUACCAACGAUCUUGUUUUCUCAGGCGGGGUUAUUGUCCCUAACGUGUCCGUUGAUAUUAAGUGGUCAAUGGGAAAGAGUGACAUCGAGAGAAAAUCAGUUUGUAGCUUUCAUGAGAUGUCAGGAUACUUUAAUGAGAACUCCGGUAUAUCAGGGCGUGUUCCUCUGGGAAGCUUUAAUGCAAUGUUCAAUUUCACUGGUUCUUGGCGAGUUGAUGCAGCAGCUACAAAAUCCCUUGCCAUGGUUGGCUAUUUAAUUCCCCUAUACACCGUCAAGUUAGCAAAGCAGAAUUUAGUUCUGCAUGAAGAAGUCAGACGUGCUGUUCCAUACACUUGGGAUCCUGCAUCUUUGGCAAGUUUUAUCGAAAAUUAUGGUACACACAUUGUUACCUCCGCUACAAUUGGUGGGAGAGAUGUUGUUUAUGUCAGACAGCACUAUUCAUCUCCUUUAUCAUUAACAGACAUCGAGAACUAUGUGAAAGACAUUGGGGAUCAAAGGUUUCUGGACUCCAAAGGCCAGUCAAGUGCUGCACCCUUAAAAUACAAAGACAAGGAUGUUACAGUUAUUUUUAGGAGGAGAGGAGGUGAUGACCUUGAGCAGAGUCAUACCAGGUGGGCAGAGACUGUGGAAUCGGCACCAGAUGUCAUUAACAUGACAUUUACUCCCAUUGUUUCUCUUCUUGAAGGAGUGCCUGGUAUAAAACAUUUGGCCUGUGCAAUUGAACUAUACUUGGAGUACAAGCCACCAAUCGAGGAUUUACAAUAUUUCCUGGAUUUUCAAAUUGCUCGAGUUUGGGCUCCAGAACAGAGCAACAUUCAAAGGAAGGAACCAGUGUGCUCAUCCCUUCAGUUUAGCUUAAUGGGUCCCAAGCUUUAUAUCAGCCCGGAUCAGGUAGCAGUUGGUCGUAAACCAGUCACUGGGCUUAGGCUUAGCUUAGAAGGCAGCAAGCAGAACAGACUAGCAAUUCAUUUGCAGCACCUAGUGUCCCUUCCAAAAAUACUUCAACCCCACUGGGAUGUGCACAUGGCCAUAGGUGCACCAAAGUGGCAAGGUCCUGAGGAGCAAGACAGCCGUUGGUUUGAACCUAUCAAGUGGAAAAACUUCUCCCAUGUGAGUACUGCACCGAUAGAACUCACCGACACCUGCAUUGGAGACCUCUCUGGUGUUCACAUUGUCACUGGGGCUCAGCUUGGUGUAUGGGACUUUGGUUCCAAAAAUGUAUUACACCUCAAACUCCUCUUCUCCAAAGUACCAGGGUGCACAAUAAGGAGAUCCGUAUGGGAUCAUAGUCCAUCCAGCCUUUCUACUGGACAGAGGACAGACGGAUCUUCAUCAUCGGUUUCAAAUGAGAGAACGUACGACAAUAAAAAGGAGGACAGUUUGAGCCAUGCGGGGAAACUUGCGAAAAUUGUAGACUCAACGGAAAUGUCGAAAGGACCACAGGAUAGUCCUGGCCAUUGGUUGGUUACAGGGGCGAAGCUUGGGGUGGACAAGGGGAGGAUUGUAUUGCGUAUCAAGUACUCAUUACUGAAUUACUGAUCCAUUAUUUUUGUUUUGGUAGGAUUACCCUUUUUCCACUAGUAAGCAUACUCAAAGCAUUCUUUGCAGUACAGGCGGUCCUUGUUCGUUCGAUUCUUGUGUACAUUGUGGCUCUUUUUGUUUGUUUAUUUGUCCUUACAGUUGAUAGUCAGAUUAUUAUGUCUAUGGCUACCAUUUCUCCUCUAUUCGGGUUCAAUAUUUGAUUUUCAGAAAACUAGGCUAUAUUUUCCAAUAAAUAUGAAAUUGUUACGUGGAGUUCUGUUGGUUGUUCUGCAUUAAACACUGCACAUCAUUGUUGAAUGCUC